CACAACUGUUAUAUAUGUCGACCCACACCGAUUCUGCACUGAAUGAUCCGAGGAAACCUAUAAAGUUUCGAACUUUGGAGGGGACUCCCCAAGCUCUCAGAAGGAGAUCUAGCUUGUAGUGGCCUGAAACACGUUGAUAGGAUUUCUUGUAGUGAAACGUACUGGUGUCGUUGAAACAUACACUACACAAAUUCUCCAAGUUGGUUGCGAGGCGGGACGUUUGGUCGCUAAGAUGAACCCUGCGAUGAGGCGCUUUGUUUACUUUCUGGCCUUGACAUGUCUGACUCUGCGUGGGACGAACGGCGCGCCCCACGGGAGCAGGACGUACAUCGUGCACAUGGAGAGGAACACCUCCCAUCACAGCGUUCUUGAUAAAUCCGCUUGUUACGUUGGGAUGAUGCAAAGAGCCACGGAGGUCCUUGCAGAGGGCCACCCCGACGACGGCAUGGACUGCCUCCACCACGUCUACGACCACGUCUUGGACGGGUUUUCGGCCAGGCUGACGCCAGAGCAGGCCGAAUUCAUGGGAAAGAUGCCUGGCGUGAAGGGCUUGCACCCCGACGUACCCGUUCAGCUUGCUACCACCCGCAGCACGGAGUUCCUGGGAUUGGCGAGUGCGAGCGGGAGGUUGUGGGCGGACGGCAAGUCCGGAGAAGAUAUGAUCAUCGGAGUGAUCGACUCCGGAAUCUGGCCAGAGCGGUUGAGCUUCGACGACCUCUCGCUCGGGCCGAUUCCUGCGCGAUGGAACGGGGUGUGCGAGGUCGGGACCAGCUUUACGGUUUCGAAUUGCAACAGGAAGAUCAUCGGCGCCCGCUUUAUAUUCGCGGGUCGUGAAGCGGACAUAGGCAGACCCAUCGAGGACGGCGUCGAAGAUUACAAGUCCCCGCGUGAUAUGGUUGGCCACGGCACCCACUGCGCCUCCACAGCAGCUGGCAUGCACGUUGCUCGAGCAGUGAGCCCUACUGGGCUCGCCGAGGGAACGGCAGCGGGAACGGCACCCAAGGCACGAAUUGCAGUUUACAAGGCUUUGUGGGGACCGGAAGGAGUUGGAUCUACGGCUGACCUUAUAAAGGCGAUCGAUUGGGCGGUGGCGGACGGGGUCGAUGUCAUCUCGUACUCGGUGAGUGGAUCGACCGGAGAAUACUUCACACAAGAUUACCUGAUGAACAUUGCUAUGUAUAAUGCCGUCAAGCGAGGAAUCUUCUUCUCAGUAUCUGCGGGAAAUGAAGGCCCCGCCCCGGGGACGGUCGCCCAUGUGGCGCCGUGGGUCACGACAGUCGCAGCUACCACUCAAGACCGCGACAUCGACACGAAUGUUGAGCUCGGCGAUGGGACGGUUCUGAAGGGACGAUCCGACUACGACGGGACAGCGCUGGCUGAGCAAGUCCCUCUGGUCUUCGGGGGUGACAUUGCAGUCAGUGCUCUCUACGCAGACAACGCCACUUUCUGCGAGAGAGACACCAUCGAUGAGUCGAAGGCCGUGGGAAAGAUUGUACUGUGCUUCCAAGAUGACGUCGAGAGGAACCGCACGAUUCCCGCCGGCGCCGUAGGGUUCGUUUCAGCCAAGGCUGUGGGAGAAGAUUUAAGUGUUCUACAUGUGGACUUCCCGUACACGAUAGUGGGCAAUAAGGCCGGCCAAACCAUGGUGUCUUAUGUUCGUUCCACAGCUGCACCCACAGCAACUAUUCGUGGUGCCAAGACCGUCCUGGGCGUGACGCCGGCGCCCAAGGUGGCGGGCUUCUCUAACCGAGGCCCCCACACCUUUCCCCAGGCGCAGUGGCUGAAGCCUGACAUCGGUGCUCCAGGGGUGGACAUUCUGGCAGCAGGGAUCAAGAACGAGCGUUGGGCUUUCAUGACUGGAACCUCCAUGGCGUGCCCUCACGUGAGCGGCAUCGGGGCUUUGAUAAAGGCAUCGCACCCCACAUGGAGCCCGGCCGCCAUCAAGUCGGCCAUGAUGACCUCCGCCUCCAUCGCGGACAACACCCGUAACAUCAUCACGCUUGAAGAAUCCGGUGAGACUGGCACGUUCUUCGACUUCGGAGCAGGGCUGAUGCGCCCCGAGAGAGCUAAUGACCCAGGGUUGAUCUACGACAUGGGGACGACCGAUUAUUUGAACUUCUUGUGCGCGCUCCAAUACACUCCCGAAGAGAUCAAGCUUUUUGAGCCCAACGGAUACGCGUGCCCCGCUGCGGCGCGGGUGGAGGACGUCAAUCUGCCCUCCAUGGUUGCUACGUUUACGCGGUCGACACUGCCCGGGGCAUCCGUGACCUUCAACCGAGUGGUGACGAAUGUGGGAGCCCCAGAUUCCGUCUACACUGCCAACGUAAUUGCACCCGCGUAUUUUGACGUUGCUGUCCAGCCCGCCACAAUAACGUUCUCCGCUGCAGCACCGACACAGAGUUUCACGUUGACGGUGUCACCAAACGCGACUGCGCCGGUUCCGGCAGGGGUAGCGCAUGCGCAUGGCGUGGUGCAGUGGACGGAUGGUAUGCACGUCGUGCAGAGCCCGAUUGUCGCCAUGGUUUAUGAUUCCUAGCUUGUGCGCACCAGGGCCGUGCCUUCUAACCUCACACACCAUUGGCAUCAGCGGCCGACAUCGGUCCAGCCGCGGAUCAGGUUGAGAAUCGAAGGAUUCUGGAACAUUCUAGCCAGAUGAAUGCAAAGAUCAGUCGGUGCAAAAGACUAGAGUUUGUCUGCUCUCCCAGAAGCCAAGAAAUGCAGGAGCACCUCUGCUGUCCUGUCGGCGUCGGUGACCUUCGUCCUCACCGCAAGAUGAGGAUUUGUUCGUGUGUGCGGUUGUAGUUAGGUUAGCUAGUGGUUUGUGCGCAUAUUUGCACCGCAGCGGUAGGGCCAGGGGAGGGUAGCUCCAUAGAUUCAGCUGAGGCAUGCCAAUGAGAGUCGAACCGAUUUUAGGGAAGGUACUGAUCAAUGCCACGGACGACGAGCAGCAGUAUGUAAGCACAUAUCUCGUAAUCAAUGGAUCAAUCUUGCAUGCUGAAUGUAAGGAGAGA